UCACGAGAUCAUCUUCUGUGCAUCAUGGCUGCUGCGACGGAACACGCUGCGCUCGACGCGCAUAAAAUGCGAGAUGAACGGCACUCGAAUGAGUCGUCGAUGAGGGAUGUAGAGAAGAAGCCCCAGAUGCUGGCGGGCGGCGCGAAGGAUAUAUUCAGGCCCCGGAUCAUUGCUAUGGCAUGCAUUGUGUCCAUGGGCGGCUUCAUCUUCGGAUACGACACUGGCCAGAUCUCCGGCUUCCUCGAGAUGUCCGACUUCCUCGAGAAGUUCUCGGACCAACGCAGCGCGCCCGAUGCUCAGAACCCCAACGGCGCGCCGUCGUUCAGCAACGUAAGGUCUGGGCUCAUCGUCGCCCUGCUGUCCAUUGGCACGCUUGUCGGCGCGCUGGUCGCUGCGCCCAUCUCCGACAAGUUUGGCCGCAAGUACUCAAUCGUCUUCUGGAACAUCAUCUUCUGCGUCGGCGUCAUCGUCCAGAUCACGACCUCCACUGCCUGGUACCAGGUCGCGAUUGGCCGAUGGGUCGCGGGUCUGGGAGUCGGCGGCCUGUCCGUUCUCACGCCCAUGUACCAGUCCGAGACUGCUCCGCGCUACGUGCGUGGAGCUCUCGUGUCAUGUUAUCAACUAUUCAUCACCCUCGGCAUCUUCACCGCAUACUGCAUCAACUUCGGCACCGAGAGCGACGAGGGCUCACGCUCCUGGAAGCUGACCAUGGGCAUCGGCUUCAUCUGGUCGGGCUUGAUGGUCCUCGGCAUGGUAUUCAUGCAGGAGUCGCCGCGGUGGGAGUACCGCAAGGGCCGGAUCGCCGAGGCGCGCAAGACCAUCGCGCUCACGUACGGCGUCAACGAGGACCAUGCCGAGGUGCAGCGCGAAAUCCGCGAGAUCGAGGCGAAGAUGGAGGCCGAGCGGGCCGGCGGCGGCAGCCACCCGUGGUACGAGGUCUUCACGGGCCCGCGCAUGGCGUACCGCACGCUGCUGGGUAUCACGCUGCAGAUGCUGCAGCAGCUGACGGGCGCAAACUACUUCUUCUACUACGGCACCACGGUGUUUGCGUCCACCGGCCUGUCCAAUUCCUACGUUACGUCCAUCAUCCUCGGCGCUGUCAACUUCGGAUGCACCUUCCCCGGCCUCUACAUUGUCGAGAAGUACGGCCGCCGCCCGGCGCUUAUCUACGGCGCCCUAUGGAUGUUCUGCAUGUUCAUAAUCUUUGCCUCGCUGGGCCACUUCGCCCUGGGUCCUGAGGGCAAUCAGUCCCAGGGGGUCGGUUACGGGAUGAUCGUGGUCGCCUGCCUCUUCAUCGCCGCCUUCGCCUCGACCUGGGGACCGAUCGUCUGGGCAGUAGUUGGUGAAAUGUACCCUCAGCGCUAUCGGGCAAAAGCUAUGGCGCUGUCGACAGCCUCGAACUGGGUGUGGAACUUCCUGCUCUCGUUCUUCACGCCCUUCAUCACAUCCGCGAUCGACUACCGCUACGGCUACGUGUUCGCAGGCUGCUGCUUCGCCGGCGCGCUCGUCGUGUACUUCUUCGUGUGCGAGUCGCAGGGCCGCAGUCUCGAGGAGAUCGACACCAUGUACCUGCUCGGCGUCAAGCCGUGGGAGAGCAAGCACUGGGUCCCGCCAGAGGGCGAGGAGCUGCCGACCGUCGAUGGCAUGUAUCUCACGCCGGGCGCGAGGGGGAUUAAUAAGAAGCAGGAGGCCAGGGCGCCCGAGCAGGAUAUGCUGGAGAGCGUGCCCGAGAGCGAGAUGCAGAGUAGUGGUGCGGCGGCGCCUGCACCUGCGCAUGUGAGAGGCGAUUGAGUGAUGGAUUCAUGAUUAUGACUGUCUUCGGGUGUUUUUCUAACGAGAGCAUGGAGGUAUUCAGACAUUGGAGCAUAGCGCGGCGUUUGUAAUUUAUAGUGUGAAUUCACAUGCACGUUCACGAUCCUCGCACACCACUGAGCUUUCUAAUGCGGACGAACCAGUUUAUUGUAAUGAGCCGACAAUUGUCUGUACUAGCCUGUGCUUACAGGAAGUUCUCCGGAUGAAUAGACAUUAUCUUGC